AUGUCUGCGCUUCGGAUUCUCGUUCCCGUCAAGCGGGUGAUUGAUUAUGCGGUCAAGCCGCGGGUCAACAAGGCCCAGACGGGGGUGGAGCGGGCGGGGGUGAAGCACAGUCUGAACCCGUUUGACGAGCUGUCGGUGGAGGAGUCGGUGCGAAUCCGGGAGAAGAAGCGGGCGCCGGGAGGAGUGGAGGACAUUGUGGUAUUUUCGGCCGGUCCGACCAAGUCGCAGGACGUGCUGCGGACGGCGAUGGCGAUGGGGGCGGACCGGGCGAUUCACGUGGACACGACGGUCAAGGGAGCGGACGAGAAUGCGGCGGAGCUGGAGCCGCUGGUGGUGGCGAAGCUGCUGCAAAAGGUGGUGGCCGAAGAGGGCAGCAACCUGGUGAUCCUGGGCAAACAGAGCAUCGACGACGACGCGGCACAGACGGGUCAGAUGCUGGCCGGGCUGCUGGGCUGGCCGCAGGCGACACAGGCGUCGCGCAUCGAGUUUGGCGGCGACGAUGCCGUGCAGGUGGUGCGUGAGGUGGACGGCGGCGUCGAGACGCUCAAGGCGCGGCUGCCCAUGAUCAUCACGACGGACCUGCGGCUGAACGAGCCGCGCUACGCGACGCUGCCGAACAUUAUGAAGGCCAAGAAGAAGCCGCUGGCCAAGAAGACGCUGGCCGACUACAGCCUGGCCGAUGAAGCUGCCAAGAAGCGGCUCAACAUUCUCAAGGUCACGGAACCGGCACCGCGCCAGGGCGGUGGUAAGGUCGAGGACGUCGACGGCCUGAUCUCCAAGCUGAAGGAGCUGGGAGCGCUAUAG